CAUUCCCGUACGGGACCAUUGUUUCUCUGGCUUUUGAUUGGCUGAGUUGAUUUGUCACCUCUGUCCCGCACUCUUUCUAACGUCCUAAUUAGUUCAGUCGGAUGUCUGGUAGUGACAGCUUAGAGCAGGCCGUGAAUUUGACGCGUGCUCACCGUCCAAAGUCAACGGGAAUUCUUCUAAAUUAGAAACUUGCCGUAUAUAAUUCUCUCUCUGUCCUGCCUGGUGACAAAGUAGCAAAAUGUCGUCUGCUGCGAGGGAUGUUGACAGCUCGCGGUGCUCCAUUAAGAAACAGGAGAUGUUUGAGACUUUUCAGACAUGGGCCCUCCAAAAUUAUGGAGACAGUGGCAAAACAAAGACAGUGACCCGUAAAAAAUAUGAGCGAAUUGUAAAAAUUCUGAGCGGUGAGGAACCGUCAACUGCAGACAAUUCAAAGUUCAGGUUUUGGGUGAAAGCGAAAGGAUUUCGUUUGGGACCUUCUGAGAACACGGGGAAAGGAUGCGAACAGACGAUAUAUGUUCCUACCAAGCCUUUGACAGACCCUAAUUGCAACGACACAGAAAAGAACUUCAAGAAAGUCGCCAAGGUGGAAGAUUUCUUCAACAUCAUCUAUAAUGUUCACGUGGACAUGGAUGGCAGAGGUGGCAAACACGCUGGUCAAAAACGGACCUACAGAGCGAUUGCAGAAACCUACGCAUUUUUACCAAGAGAAGCAGUUACACGGUUCCUCAUGUCCUGCUCGGACUGUCAGAAAAGAAUGCAUGUGACGUCAUCAGAAGAAACUCAAAGUAACGCGUCAUGUGAGUCGACUUACAAACCGGAAAUGGCCAUAGAGGACCCACCCAUCAUUGACUUCAGUGUGCCUAUUACGCAGACGUACCUGAAUCACAUGAAGCAAAAAAGCAUCAUGAAUGACGUCGGAGCGACGGAUGAGGAAAGCAUGUCCAGUGUGGAUAGCACCGGGGGCAGCAGGGAGGGUAGUCCAGCUUUAUCUGAUGACACCACCACCAACCAUAGAUCCACCCCUAAAGAAGAUAGUCCUAUGGCGGACGAAGAAGCCAGUCUCUCCUUUACUAUGUCUAAAUCUCCGUCAUCAAGGUCAGAUGACAGAGGUCAUCCCGAGAGAAAAAGGAGAGCUAGCGAAGACAGUUGUGAGAGUUCAACAAAAUUAAGUGAGAGCGGAAUUAACGACGAAUCUGUUGGUAAAGAUGAAGAUGACGACGAUGAUAAUGACGAUGAUGAUAAAAUGCCAACCGGGCAAGAUUUUGAUCCGGAGAGACUCAAGGCAUUUAAUAUGUUUGUUCGCCUAUUUGUUGAUGAAAAUCUGGACAGAAUGGUUCCAAUUUCAAAACAACCAAAGGAUAAAAUCCAGGCUAUCUUAGAGGCCUGCGAUCGACAAUUUCCGGAAUUCCACGUCAGAUCUCGUAAAAGAAUUCGCACUUACCUCAAAUCUUGCCGUCGAAUGCGCAGGUCUAAAGAACAAAAUGGAUGGGAACCCCAACAGAUGCGACCCACUCCUCCACAUCUUACCUCGGCUGCAGCAGAGAGUCUUCUUGCACAAGCCUGCGAAAAUGAAAGCCAAAAUGCCAAGCGCAUGCGUCUUGGACUUGAGCCACUUCCGGCCGUGUCAAUGCAACAUAACAGUUCAACAACAAAUAGUCAAUCUCAGACAACUGCUCAGCCUCAACAACAGUCAACGCCUGCUCCAUCACCACAUUCCCAAUCAUCCUCAAAUCAAACAUCACCUCAGUCUCAACAAUCGGCAUCACAAGUAGAUAGACACGCACACACUAAUAACGACUUCUUGCGCCAUCAACCUCCACCUCCUGCCUUUAGGCCUGCUCCAGAAUUCCAUCCACCAUUUUUCACUAAUGGAAAUGGACUUUUUCGCCCUGGAUUUCCGGGAUAUCAACAUCCGGCACAUCACCACCCACCUGUCCUGUCGCACGGCUCACUGAACCCGCCCUCGGUUCAAAACGGUAAGUUAAGUCCCACAGAUCUUAGCAUAAAGAAACAGUCCUCUAAGAGUCAACUAAGUGCUGGAGAAAUUGCCACAAUAAAACAACUGAUUGGUGGCUAUCGCGAGUCGGCUGCUUUCCUCUACCGUUCAGCAGACGAACUUGAACAGUUGCUUCUUCAGCAAAACUAGCUGAAAAUAAAAUUUAGUGCAAAUUCGUCUAGUCGACUUUACCUCAUCAUCUGCCAGGUGCUUUCUGUAUACAAGAAGCAUCAAAGAUAUCGCCUUGACACCCAGGUUUAGGCUAAUGUGUGUGAUCAACAAUAUUCAUGAAUUGCCUAUUUAUAGGUUUUGAUACAAAUCUAUAUUGGAUAAUAUUUUUUACGAUAAGAAAAUGUUUUAAUUCAAAAAAUCUUUUUUGAGAACUUAAAAGGAUUCAACCAAAGGGUCGAUAUUUAUUUAUAUAAGCCAGUCCGAUAACACUUCCACAGACAUGCGACUGUACAAUUAAAUAUUCACAAUAUUCAAUUGGAUUGAUUCCAUAUACUAUGAUCUCAGUUAAAAAGAAAGUUGCGAUUUUUUUUACCAGGACUUAAAUAAACAUAGGUAUAAAAACAUAUCGUUAUAAAUAUGCAGGGCGACAUAUAAUACGUUGUAAAUGCUGUUCAUCUGUUGCUUGCGACAUUGUAUGAUGAAUAUGUAAAAACAAAUUUAUUUUGGUGUCACCCCACUACAAUGUAACCCCCUUAACAUUUUCCCAUCAUUAUUACGUAACUCUGGUGCUUAAUUUCCCGUAUCUACUGUGAUUACCUUUAAGGUAUAGAUUGUCCCUUAAGUGUCAUGGCUUAAAAAUCGUAAAUUUAUAUAAGAAUUAUUGCUUGUAUUUGCGCGGUUUACUAGUCAUACUAUUUAUUUUAUUUUAUUUUUCCAGUUUUUUAAAAUUAUUUGACAGUAUUCUAUUUAUUUCAGUGUAAAUACUAUUUUAUUUUUGUGUGUAUUAGAAAUAUGGAGUGAAAUAUUCAUUUGUUACAGCGUAUUUGAUUUUAGUAUACAAUUCUCAUUUUUCACUUCAGUGUCAUUCAAAUAAUGAGAUAUGUGUUAUGAAUAUGUAUAACUUAUAACUACAUAGUUUUACUUGUUGUCAGCUCAGCGUCUUAUUAUAAAUUCCAUUAAUGAAAUGGAUCCGGACGAUAUAGGUUUUGUAAUUUAUUGUGUACCUUGUAUCUUUCGUGUGUACAAGUCUAUAAGAUAUAUUGUUAGUUUUUUUGCUAAAGAUAUUACUUAAGUUUUAUUAAGAUAAGCAGAAUGUUAGUGUAUUUUCAAUCUAUGAAUGAUAUUAAAAAAUAUAUUUUUA